CGCAGGGCCUGGCCACGCCCAGAUGUCCAGGAUGGAGCAGCCUGGGCCUGGGAAGCGUGGUCAAGGGUCAUGCUAGCUGGCUCUGAGUUGGGGCUCAGGCCCCAGCCUGGCUGGGUGGACUGGGGUCUCCAUCAGAUAAGGUCUGGCCCACGGGGACAUGCGCACUGGAGGAAAACGGUCCCUGUCCCCGUGCCCCUCCCCCGCACACACUGUCCGCCCAGAGCCUGGCUCUGAUUCAGCCUCGCUGAGACACAACAGGGCUGCAGCUUCCCUGUUUCUGCCGGGCCCUCCAGCUGGCCCUCCCCCGCUCAGGCCGCUCUUGUCCUCACUGACUCGGCCCCAAGAGGAGCCCCGUGCGUCCAGUGCUCAGCGCACCCUGGGUUCCAGGAGGGGACGCAGGGCUCCCUCCGUCCUGGAAGCGGCUUCCGCACUCCGGAGAACGUGCGCGUUUCAGGAGCGGCAGGCCUGGGUCUAAGGCCGCUUCUGGCCACCGUCCCCUGCUGCUCAGGAUGCCUCCCGCCAAAGCCUUGAGGGACCACCCGCUCCUCUGCAGCUCCAUUUUCUGGAGUUUCACCAGUCACGCCCGCGAGCGCACAGGAGACCGCGGCAGCUCGGGGCCGGGCUACCGGGGCUCUAGGUGGUCUUGGGCGCGGGCAGGCUGCACCCGGACAAGCCGACCGAGAGCGCGCCCCGGACGCGAGGACAGGCGUUGCGCGUUCCCGAGACCCCGCCCCCUCUCCCGGGAACCCCCGCGCGCGCCGGGGGCGGAGUGCCGUGACGUCAUCAGCGGGCGCCGCGCCCCAGCCGGAGGCGGAAGCCGCGGCGACGCGAAGCCACGUGCGGCGCCUCCGGGAGUCGGAGGCCGACGAGCGUCGCCGGUCCCCAGCACCUGCCGGACCAGCAGCACCAUGAGCUUCGUGGCCUACGAGGAGCUGAUCAAAGAGGGUGACACAGCCAUCCUGUCCCUGGGCCAUGGCGCGAUGGUGGCCGUGCGCGUGCAGCGGGGGGCCCAGACCCAGACCCGGCACGGCGUCCUGCGGCACUCAGUAGACCUCAUUGGCCGCCCCUUCGGCUCCAAGGUGACCUGCGGCCGAGGCGGCUGGGUGUACGUGCUGCACCCCACGCCGGAGCUCUGGACACUGAACCUGCCGCACCGCACCCAGAUCCUGUACUCCACCGACAUCGCCCUGCUCACCAUGAUGCUGGAGCUUCGGCCUGGCUCCGUGGUCUGUGAGUCCGGCACCGGCAGCGGCUCUGUGUCCCAUGCCAUCAUCCGCACCAUCGCGCCCACGGGGCACCUGCACACGGUGGAGUUCCACCAGCAGCGGGCGGAGAGGGCACGGGAGGAGUUCCAGGAGCACCGCGUGGGCCGCUGGGUGACCGUGCUGAACCAGGAUGUGUGCCGCAGUGGCUUUGGCGUGAGCCACGUGGCGGACGCCGUCUUCCUGGACAUCCCCUCGCCUUGGGAGGCCGUGGGGCACGCCUGGGAUGCCCUCAAGGUCGAAGGUGGGCGCUUCUGCUCCUUCUCACCCUGCAUCGAGCAGGUCCAGCGCACGUGCCAGGCGCUGGCGGCCUGUGGCUUCUCGGAGCUGAGCACCCUGGAGGUGCUGCCGCAGGUCUACAACGUGCGCACCAUCAGCCUGCCCGCGCCCGACCUUGGGGCCAGCCCCGGCCCCGACGCCGGCCCCUUCCGCAGCGGCACGCCCAUGAAGGAAACCGUGGGCCACACCGGCUACCUGACCUUCGCCACCAAGACUCCGGGCUAGGGAGCCGCGCCCGGAGCUCCGGGGAGCUGGGAAGCGAAGCUCGGGCCAGAGACUGCCUUGUAUGGUCAGCUGCCGCCUGCCGGGGCUGGUGUUUAGAAAUGGACUUGCAGCGGGGAGGGUGGGGCGAGGGGGCCUCCCCGGACGGCUGGCGGGGUGACGGGUAGGGGGGCAGCCGCCGUGUGCAGCAUCGCGGCCCUGGCAGGGAGCGCUCCCGCCUGCGGCCCCACGGGGUCAGCGUGCCCGCCCUGCCAGUUCGUGGCCUCGCAGUCUUCACUGCCGCGGGCUCCUCCGGGUGGGCACGUGGCCCCAAACAGGGAGGGUGGAGGAGAAGGCCUGGGACGGUGGCCUUGGGCCCAGGACUCCCACCGCCCGGCUGCCAGCAGAGAGGUGGCCUCAGGCCCGAGCUCCCACUGGGCGAUGCCCAGGUUCCCUCCUGGCAGGCCCCACCCACCGCCUGACUUCUCCACCCAGGAAGCGCCGCCUCUGAGGCCCGGCCAGAGCCUCGAGUGCGUAUCCGUGAGAAGACGGCGUCACGUGGCGGGGAGAGCAGAGCCGGACUUGGGCCUGCCUCCUGGCGGGUGGCGGUGCUAGAGCUGGUCUGUGUGCCUGCCCGGAGGGGCCCCGGGGUCUGGCUUGAGCUCCGCCCCUCCCUGCCCGCCCUCCAGUUCCGUGUGGCCUCCCCCUGCACCCUGUUUCACAAAGGGCCUGGGUGCCUGCUCUGGUCUCAGCCCGCCGGCAGGAGCCUCGGUAACCCUGUGUUGGCACAAGAGCCCCAGGGGGCCGUGCUGGCCUGGGGCUGCUGCCCAAUCACGCGCGGCGGAGAAAUAAACGCUGUUGCCGCC